CUAGACAAAAAUAAUACAGUGUAUUUUUAAUUUGUUCCCCUUUUUUGUUACAGGUAGAAGUGAGGGCGGCAUGCCUCAAAAACCGGCUAUAACGUCGCCACCGGCAUCGACGACGGCGACGUCGCGAUCAGCAUCGACGACGGCGACAACAUCGCGACCGGCAUCGACGACGGCGACAACGUCGCGACCGGCAUCGACGACGGCGACAACGUCGCGAUCGGCAUCCGCGACGGCGACAACGUCGCGAUCGGCAUCCGCGACGGCGACAACGUCGCGAUCGCCAUCGUCACCGGUACUUGAGUCUCUGUACGAUACAUCUGACGACAAUAUAUCGUACAGAGAGUCGCGAAGAUACGCAAGGACGGCGACGGCGACGCCUUUGAAAGAGAUGCCGUCUCCACGAUCAGGACAAGGACAAGCCAGGCCUGAAAAUGUGAUAAAUAAAAAGGUGAACGCAGCAGUGAGGAAGGUACUACAAAGGGAACGGAGAAAAUUUGGUCGCCCUCAACGAUUCGGGGGUUUUCCAUCACUCUUCAACGUUCAACCACCAGCACCGAUGUACAUGUCACCAGCUCCAAUGUACGGGCCACCAGCACCCAUGUAUGGGCCACCAGCACCAAUGUACGGGCCACCAGCAACAAUGUACGCUGCAUAUCCGUACAGUGGAUAUACAGCACAAUGCAAUGGAUAUAGAGGGUAUUUUUAAUUCAUUCUUUUAGUUUAUGUACACACACGCACACACACAUAGAGGCAUAUUAAAUUAACUUUAUUUCAUUAUCUUUCUUUUCUUUUUUUUUUACACACUUUCUCUCUUUCUGUCACCCUUUUAUUCACUGUUGUAGAGAUUCAAUACUGUCAAUGGCUUUCAAUACUCUCUCUAGUACUACGUUUACAUUUUGAAACAAAAUUGCAUUCUUACUUACAAUUAUGAUGAUGAGAAACAUUUUUCUCUAAAAUAUAUUAAAUAUAUUUUAUGAAGAAAUUUAUUGUUUUCUGAAUAUAUUCUUAUUCUAAAUUUUUGAAACCACGAAAUAGUCCUUUCUUACAUUUGAAACUUUAUAUCAUACAAUCAUAUUUAGAAUUUACUUUAUUCAUCAAGUUUUCUGGCUUAUCUCUUCUUGCUCUCAAACGUGGGGACAGCAGCUUCUCUGAGAUACUCACACACACACAAAUACACACACACUUUCUCUCUUUCUGUCACCCUUUCAUUCACUGUUGUAGAGAUUCAAUACUGUCAAUGGCUUUCAAUACUCUCUCUAGUACUACGUUUACAUUUUGAAACAAAAUUGCAUUCUUACUUACAAUUAUGAUGAUGAGAUAAUGCAUGUCUGUUCCUGUAUGUGUGUUUGUGUUUUUGUUGUUUAAUUUUUAGUAGAGAAACAGAUAUAUUACUUUGAACAAAUUCUUUAUCUCAAUUUAUAAAUAAACGCCUCUGUGUGUGUGUGUGUGUGUGUGUG